AUGGUGGUCUAUAAUGCGAAGGCCGAACGAGGCGAUGUCACAGUUGAUUCUGGCAGAGACAGCGAGGAAUUCGCCAACACCCUACCACAUAUCAACGAGAAGAGGUUGAAGCUCAAGAUCGAUGCCCACGUUUUGCUAAUCUUGUGUGUUCUGUAUUUUUUGGCAUUCCCGGGCUGCAUUAACAUGGGCCAUGCAGUCGAUUUUGGGCUCCAAGAGGAUUUAGGGAUGGAUCCUCAAUCGAAUCAGUUUAACGUUGCAUUACGGCCCCAUGUCUGGUUGUCUAGAUGCAUGUUUUCCUUCGGUAUAUUGACCCUCGGUCAAGGCUUUGUGAAAUGUUAUGGCGGCCUUCUGGCGACACGUUUCUUUCUCGGUGUGACGGAACCGGGAAUGUUUCCUGGGUCGGUCCGAUGCACUUCGCCGAUAUACUUUUUUCUCAACUCAACAACGCUCGAUGGGGCAUUUGGGGGACUGAUUGCGUACGGGACUGGUACUAUGCAAGGUAUGAGAGGAUAUGGAGCCUGGCGCUGGCUUUUCAUAAUUGAGGGAGCCUUUCCCAUCUCGGACUUUCCUAAGCAGGCAAGAUGGCUUACUGAGAACGAGCGGCGAUGGGUGAAGAAGAGACUCGAGGAUGGCCAUGGGGACAAGUCGGCGGAGUAUUCCAUCCGCUUCACUGACGUGCUCAAUGUCCUCAAGGACUACAAGAUCUUUUUGGGUGCGCUGAUUUACUUCUCUUUCUUGGUGCCGUCAUAUUGCUAUGCAUAUUUUUCGCCCACUAUUAUCAAGUCCUAUGGCCACAGCACUCUUCAGACGCAAUUGCAUUCUGUCCCUCCCUCAGCUAUGGUCUUUUUCCUAUCCCUAGGGAUCGCAUUUGCGUCAGAUCGAUUACAACAUCGCUAUUAUUUGCGGCCACCGGCGGCGCGCAAUCGGUACCGCGCUGCAGCCGGAUUUGGCGAAAUUGCGGGAAUCGUCUCCACGUUCCUGUUCCCCUCAAAGGACGCGCCAUACUAUCAUGUCGGAUAUAGUGUGGUAAUCUCAUUUUUUACCCUCGCUGCUUUCUGGUCUACUUGCUACUUCCUUGCGUGCUGGGCGCAGAAUCGCAGUCGGGAUCGGCUCAUGGCGGAUCUGGACAGUUCGUGUGAAUCAAAGGAGGCGAGUGAAGGCGACUUGGCUGCGUCAUAUCGAUAUAUGCUGUAG